AUGCAGAAGCCUUAUUUCAUAGUCGCAGAAUUUUAUGGUAAUGGAUCGUUUAAGGCCUUGACACUAAGAGAACUUUUACAUAAGGAUGAAGAACAUAUUAAAUCUUAUGUAAAUGGUCCAGAGUAUUGGCUUCAUUUAAGUUUCCAGAUUACUGAUAGUAUUUGCUAUUUACAUACUAUGGGAGUGCUCCACAAUGAUAUAAAACUGACAACAUUGUUGUUUCUGUAUCACCUGUAAAUGUUAUCACACCUAUCUUAAUAGAUUUUAGUAAGGCCACACUGAUAAGUGAAGGGAAGAUUAAAGUUCUUACUGCUGCGGAGAAGGAUCGCUACCGCAAAGAGCACAUGCAAAUUGCCCCUGAACUCAUUGAGGGAACUCAUCCCCAAUCUGUUAAGAGUGACAUAUAUUCUCUGGGAAUUGUUUUUGCCAGUAUAUAUAAAUUUACUAAAUACAAACCCAUAAAAAGAAUUAGCAAAAAAAAAGUUUAAUGCCCUUUCAAACCAGAUGUACAUCAUCAGAGAUUUUAGCAAUUCUAAUGGAUCUUAUGAAAGUCUGAUUUACUUUUUAGAUGACUUCAAUCUGAUUUGUUUGAAUUUGUUUCCAUCUUACUUGGAGUAAUGUUUUAUGCCAUUAUACAUAUCAGCCAUUGAUAAGGUGUUCAGGUGUCAUUGAAAUGAUAUAAUUGUUUUGCUUCAAGAUGUCAUGUUUGUUAAAUAAAAAGUCUAUUUUGAUCCAUUCCUUUCUGUCUUUAGGGACAUCCAUUAUCUACAGCUAUAUUUUACUAUUCAUACAGAAAGAGGCUGGAAUUUGAUAACAAAGUUAGCAGUCCCUGCCCUGAUGACAAUAUAGUGCUAAAUGCAAAAAUGCUUUGGCCAAGAGUGUUAACACUUCCAACCAGUUUCCGACUGGAUGUUACUAGAACACUGGCAAGCAAGGAGAAGCAGAACAUCAAUAAGAAGUUUAGAAGAGAGUUCAUAGGCUCAAUAUACGAUCAUUUUGCCCGCUACACUUUGUAAGUAUACUUGUUUGAUAUAUGUUUACCACUUUUUGAUUGAUGAAAAGCCAUCAGGAAUACAUUUUAUUGUGGUGUAGGGAAAUGCUAAAAUUGGCUUAUUGUAUUUUCAUCAAUGAGAUCUUAUGUUGAAGAAGAAGGUACUGGUAUUAGGUUACUAAUUAUUGUACAUUUCAUUUUAUUUUUUGGUUUGUGAAUUGUAGGUAUCCCACCAAACAUCAACUCACAUCUAUUUGUGAACUAAUAGUCCAGAAAUAUCCCUUCCUGAAAGAUACCUCAAUUGGUACUGGAUAUGUAAGUACCGAAUAAGUACUCUAAGGUUUUGAAACAAAUGAUAUGUUGAUAUCUGAUGCUGUUAUAUGAAAACAUGAAAAAGUUUGCUACAUAUCCCUCAAAAAAGUUUUCAUAUCGAGGCCUUAAAGGUUGAUCAUGUUCACUAGUAAAAAAUGCAAACCAUAUGUGACCUUGCAUUUUAGCUUAUUACAUGUUUUUUCAUGACCUAUCCAGAGUUUUCCAAAUUGCUGACUGAUUCAAUGAUCUAAUAAAAAGGUAAUUUGAACAUUGACUCCCACAGUCAGAGAAAAGUCAGAGAAUUUGGCAUUUUUUUCAAGGUCGGGGAAUUUUGAUUUUGGUCAGGGAAAUUUGCAAUUCAUCAAAAUAGGGAAUUUUUCUUUCAUCUUUGCAACAUCUUCUUGGUGAUUAUGUUUCCAAAUGAAAUUUCCCAAAUAUUCCUGGUGUCCUUCAUAACAAUGACUAACUAGAAGUGUGCCAUUGGGUGAUGGAAAAAUUGGUUUUGGUUUUGGUCUUGGUCAGGGAAUUUAACUUUUUCAUAAGAGUGGGAACCCUGUUGAAUUAUGGCAUGAAAAUAAUACUACAGCUACUAGAAUGCUGGCACAUAGUUUUUUUUUUUGAUUUAUUACUCCUUGAGUAGCUUUUGCGAAUACUAGGAGAUCAAAAAGGAGAUACAAAAGAGAUUCAAAAUCUGAAAAAAAAAAAUAUAUGUGCAGAGGAUUCUAGUACUGAAAUGUCAUAUAAAUGCAAAUCAUCUAUUACAUCAGAGAUAAUUGAUUUCAAUACUAUUUCCAGGAUUCCUGGUACGCUAGUCUAUACGAAAAGUUCCGUAAUGAGAGAAAGUCUAUUAAAGAUGACCCGGAAGUAAUCCUCAGGAAAAGAAAGCCCAAAGAGAGUUCCAAAGAGUGUGUGAAAGCUAAGCUUCGCAGAGGAGCCAUAAACUGGGAGCCACCCUUUCCAGAGGGUGAGGAUGAGGUGUCUCUACAACGACAUAAAGAUUUUAUGAAGAGUGAAUUUGAAAAAAGGUCUCCAGAUUGGGCAAAGAUAAGCAAACGAAUGGCACUGACUUUCCCCAGCAGACGGAGACUAAUGAAUGACAAUAUGAGCAUCAAGGAAAUAAAAGAACACUACCCUACUCUAUUUAAGUUUGAACAGGUAUGUUAAGCUAUAUAUUGUUGUCCUUGUGAACUAUGAGUAUGAGCAAUCUAAUUGUGUUUUCUCUGUGUCUUUCAACAAGAAAGUUGUGUAGAAGAAGGAUGAGUUUAAUAAAACUACCCCCACAUUAGGGUGAUUGGCAGUCUGGUUGUUCUGUCAGGUCAGCACAAUUUGCUGCCUUGAGUAACUGGGCAAUUCUGGGUGUGUUGGGUGAUAUGCAGACAUCCUAUGCUUGCAAGAUGUGAAUGUCCUCUCUUACUUCAUAUGUUAACAGAAAUAUAGGAAUUAUUAUUGAUGCUAUUCAAACCUUUGUUCCUUAGAUACUGGCUGAAUUUGAAAAGAAUUUUGGGUCUAAAUUCAAGUGUGGUGGAUUCAUUCAGGUCUAAUUUUCAGCAAGUCACUGACCCGAUUGUAAAACUAGGAAAGACAAAAAAUAAGAGUAAAUCAAAAGAAGAAAUCCAAACGUUCCUGCACCUCCUGGAGGAUGAUGAUAAUGACAUGAACGAAGAUGAAUCAGAACCAACAAUUGGUAAGAAAUAUAAAAGAAAACAAUAUCUUAUCAUGCGAGCUCGUGCUUUUCCCGUGUAUAGACCUAAUCAGAAUCAAAUGCAAAUUGCCCAUUUCAGACAAUGUGAUGUUUACAAUAUCGUCUCUGGAGAAUAGUUUCUUUGUUUUUCAUCACAUGGUCUGAAAUGGGCAAUUUGUAUAGUCAAAUAGGUCUAUUACAACCCAUUUUCAAGUGCAGCAACAGCACAUGCUCGAAAGGUCUGUCCUUUCAAACGUUUUAAUAUUUUUUUUCAAAUUUUUGGGUAUCUGAUGUCUUCAUAUCAUAUUAUAAACAAUUUACUACACUGCUAGUUUGUGUGUUACCCUGGACAAUCUUACUCCUGAGCUGUAUUUUUCUUGCACCGGAAGGCUUAAAAAAUACCGUCGCUUUACUAAAAUUUAUUCAGUGUUAACACAGAGCAGUGCAGUAAACCUCUAUAUUACUUUGGAUCACAAAUAUUAAAGGGCAUCAUACAAUUAAGUAAAAACAGUGCAAAGAUUAAAACUAAGCCAGUUUUGAUGAACCUGGUCCAGUGUAAAUACCCUAAUUGUAGUGAAAUCAAUCUAAAUCUUUCAAUUAUUUCUAGAGGAACAAGCUGAAGUGGCCAUGGCAGUACUGCCAUACCUUCUUCUGCCAAAGUCUGGCCUUAUUUCAACAGAUGACUUUGUCCAUUUCGUAUUU